AACAUGAAACUCUCGCAAACAACGAGCAAGUCCAUGACCGGAAUUAAGGUGGCGCAAACUGAAGGAAUAACAAUAAUUCGACUGUGAGGAUGGCAGAUGCCGCUGUCAGAACGGGGACGAGCGCCGUGACGAGGAUCGCACAUGACGAGCCUCGUGGCUCGGACUGGCAGACGAACAUGGACGCCGCUCGUGCAACGACGAUGCGGACGUUGCGACGUUCGCGGAAUUCGAAACAGGCCCCAAGUUUGAACUGAUCCGCGACCUUCCGCUUCCUCUUCGGCAGCUCCCUUCGCGCACCGGCGACCUUUCUGCUCAUCUCGUCCCCGAUCGAGCACGAGGAAGAAGCGUGCGGAUGCUCAUUAUCCUCGAGAGUUAAGACUUGAGAGUUGAGACAUUGCAUCUGUUGACGACGACGAUCAGAAUAGUGGCCCCGGGCUUGUUAUGCCACUCCCGGGUGUGAAUUCUGUUGCUGGUCCCGUUGCGUUACAUUUGCUGGUUGGAGUUUUCAAUUUCGAGCUCGUAUGUUAGUGGUGUGGUGCUCGGGAUUCGAGGGAAAUCCUCAGGUUCCGUCGGCCGGGGAAUGAAAGAAAGGUGGUCGAGAGCAGGGCAGAGCAGAGGAGGACUGAGAGAGUGUAUGUUUGGCACUACUGUGCUCGGCCAGGUUGCCCUUGAAUGCUGUGGAAGCUGCUUCUCUCGAAGAUUCUUUCGGGGGCGAGAUUGGAUUCGGUAGAAGAAUUGAGUCUGUAUUCGGUUUGAGCUGGCUGCCGAAAUAGAGAACGUGAGCAGGAGUGCGCGUUGAAAUUGGAGUGAGUUCGUCGACUAUAAGGGUGCAUCCUGGUCAGCAAGGUUUAUCGGUGCGCAGCAUUGGGUGGCGCCAUUAUAAAGCGUCCUGAAGGGUCGAUGACUGGCAGAUCCCCUUCUGUGUAGUCUCGGUUUCACAAGACGGUGCGGUAAGGUGUACUAGGAGGAGCUCGGAGACUUGGACGCAGUUUGAGAGAUCCUCGCUAUUCUGGUGCAGCACCAAGAAAGUCAAAAUAGUGUUUCGACAAUUUCGCGUCAGAGAUCUUUUACUGUAUUUGGGGCAGGCAGGAUGAACUAGCCCGUGGUUUGAUAAUUCUACGCCUGGAGGUGUUUCAGAUCUCUGUCAGCUUUUCGACAGGGCACAAUGCGCCGGGGUAUUGAAGGAGGGUCCGGUUUACUGGACACUGUAAUUCUGGAGAUGCGGAAGAGAACCUUAUGGACUCAAGUGGUCUGGAAUGUGAUCACUGCGCUGGCAUUUUUGGCUGUAGUGACGCCCGUAUUUAUAUGCGUGCACGAUGCCAUUAGCUGGAGGUCAUCUUUCUUUAAUGAUUGGGAAGUUUCGAAAGCAAGACACCCUCGCCUUGUGGAUGCCAUAAAUGUUACUCGCCUGAAGGAUGCAGAGCCCGAAGACUUAUGGUAUCCACCUGAUUACCACGGUUGGAAAAAGUGUCCAACACAUCUCAAGUCUUCAUCGACGCUGCCAGAAAAAUCGAAUGGCUACCUUCAAGUUUUUCUGGAUGGAGGACUUAAUCAGCAGCGAAUGGGGAUAUGUGAUGCCGUUGUCAUUGCGAAGAUUUUAAAUGCCACUCUCGUGCUUCCACAUUUUGACAUGAAUCCUGUGUGGCGAGACCCAAGCAUCUUUGCAGACGUAUUUGACGUGGACCAUUUCCUUGACUACUUGAAGAACGAUGUACACAUAGUAUUGGAGCUGCCGGGAAACCUUAGUUGGAGUUCUCGUGAAUAUUAUGCUACUGGUGUCCGCGUCACAAGAAUCAAGGAUGCUCCUUCCUACUCUGGACACAUGUGGUACAUAGAUAGAGUUCUUCCCAUACUUCAAACGCAUGGUGUCGCCGCGAUUGCUCCUUUCACACAUAGGCUUGGGUACGAAGGCCUUCCUCCGGGGAUCCAGCAGCUCCGAUGCCGCGUCAAUUUCGAGGCCUUACGAUUUGUGCCGAAGAUCACAAACCUUGGAGACCUUAUCAUCCAGCGUCUCCAUCUGAACUCCUUAGAGUACAGAGUGCGGGAGAGCAAUGUUCCUCGUAUGAGGAAUCGGUCUUCUAAGUUCUUGGCCCUGCAUUUGCGCUUCGAUAAGGAUAUGGCAGCUCACUCUACUUGUGAUUUUGGUGGCGGUGUAGCCGAGAGGCGUUCUCUUGCAAAGUAUAGGCAAGUUAUGUGGCAAGGUGGAGUGCCAAAUAUACAGUACACAAAACGAGAAAUUCGCAAUCUAGGAAAAUGCCCAUUAACUCCAGAGGAAGUUGCAAUUAUGUUGGCUGCUCUGGGCUUUGAUGCCGACACACACCUUUAUCUCGCCUCUUAUAAGGUCUACGGAGGAGAAGCAAGAAUGGCUCAUUUGAGAAAGUUGUUUCCAAAUUUGUCCAACAAGUUUACUUUGGCCACAGCAGCCGAACUCGAACCUUUCAAAGAUAAAUCUUCGCAACUUGCUGCGCUGGAUUAUCAUGUUUGUCUAUAUAGCGACGCCUUCAUCUCUGCUUCACGAGGGAACAUGCAUAACGCCUUGUUGGGACAUCGUGCAUAUGAGCACAGAGGGACGACGAUCAAGCCAGACAUGGUGUUACUCCAACAACUGUUCGCCAAUAGUUCCUUCAUUGAAUAUGAAGAUUUCCAGGAUAGGGUGAGAGUAGGUCAUCAAAAUCGGAUGGGUCAGCUUACUAUGAGAAAAGAGAUGCAGGCGAUCUACACGUAUCCAGCACCAGACUGCAUGUGUGGACCAGAUCCACGCUAGUCCUACAAAAGCUGUAGAACUUCCGCAUCAACUGGGCAUCUUCAGUGAUGUCUUUGGGAAGUAUUCAGUAUAUGAAAUUAGAUUUGUGGAAGCCAUUACUUCCGCUGAUGGUCAACCAGGAUGGGAUGCAACGCAGUAGAGUCGUGUACAUCACCAGGAUAAAGUUCCACCAUAGAGCGGAGAUUUUCUUCCUUUGUCGCUUGGUUCAGCUGUCAAUACCUUGGGCCACCUGCAAUACCGUUCACUUCUUUCCACUCAAGUUUUCACGUGAGAAAGACCUGUAUGCUUGCCAGCAAUUGCUGCUGUAGUUUAGCUCUUAAUUUAGAGUUUUUCGAAAGCGAGGUCAUGUUAGUACAAUACUUUGAGCUCUAGAAGCAUGGAAUGGUAUUCAGGUGAUUCUUGUGGGCAAGUUGUAAAGGAGCACUGAGAUGAGAGUAGAAUGUACAGCGUACACCAUGAUGUAGAAAUACAGAUUUUAGCAUUGGUGUUGAGAUAUAAAUAUCGUGUGGAAAAUUUGCAGAUUCAGAGAAUUUAGGAGAAGUUAGCCGGGAUAGAUGUGGGAAGUUGUUUGUGAUAGCUAAAUUGGAAAGUUCAGUACCUCCACAUCUCCCCCUUUCAUCUCCUGAAGGGUGAAAUGUUGUACUGGCUAAAGUUUAUGGAACCAGAUCUCAUGAGUAUAGAGCAAGGAAAUCUCAAUUUGCCGUUACUUCACCUGUUCAAGCUAUUAACGUAAAAUUUGUUCUGUAAGAUCAG